UUUUGUAAGAGUAAGUGAAAAUACACAGGGAGACCGAAAGCCACAAAAAAUCGUUGGGUUGUUAGGUGAAUUUAGCUGCUAAGCAAAGGAAAGAAUUCAUUUUCUCAAUAUCCCCAAUUCAAAAACCCUUUAAUUUCACCAUCCAAUAAGAGUAGUAGUGUCAAAAUCAAUUUUCUCCUUGGUGCCCUUUUUGAGGCACAUUCAAUAACUAUGAUCACUUGCUUUCAAUUGGAUCUCAGUUUUAUAUCAUUCUUUUCAUAGCAUUACUAUCUCUUCUUUCUUUCUCUGCAAUGGAUGCUUCUUCUUCUCGACCUGCUGUUGUGAUCGACAAUGGCACUGGGUAUACUAAAAUGGGUUUUUCUGGGAAUGUGGAGCCUUGCUUUAUAGUCCCAACCUCUGUUGCAGUGAAUGAUUCUUUUGUAAACCAACCAAGAACGUCAAAUAAAACUAGUAAUUGGAUGACUCAAUAUAAUGCUGGUGUAAUGGCUGAUCUGGAUUUUUUCAUUGGAGAUGAAGCAUUAUCGAGAUCUAGGUCUAGUAGUACGUAUAGUUUGAACUAUCCCAUUAAGAAUGGGCAGGUUGAGAACUGGGAUGCUAUGGAAAGGUUUUGGCAACAAUGUAUUUUUAAUUAUUUGCGCUGUGAUCCUGAGGAUCACUACUUCUUGCUGACUGAAAGUCCUCUGACACCUCCUGAGAGCAGAGAGUAUACCGGAGAAAUAAUGUUUGAGACUUUUAAUGUUCCUGGGCUCUACAUUGCUGUGCAACCUGUGCUUGCUUUAGCUGCUGGGUACACUACAUCAAAGUGUGAGAUGACAGGGGUUGUAGUGGACGUUGGAGAUGGGGGUACGCAUGUUGUACCUGUUGCCGAGGGUUAUGUUAUUGGGAGCAGUAUCAAGUCAAUUCCUAUUUCUGGAAAAGAUGUUACCCUUUUUGUCCAGCAGCUUAUGCGGGAAAGAGGAGAGAAUGUGCCACCGGAAGAUUCCUUUGAAGUUGCUCGACAAGUGAAAGAGAUGUAUUGCUACACUUCUUCAGAUAUUGUCAAGGAGUUCAAUAAACAUGACAAAGAGCCCUCUAAGUACGUUAAACAAUGGAAAGGGAUAAAGCCAAAGACUGGAGCUCCAUACACAUGUGACAUUGGCUAUGAGCGGUUUCUUGGUCCUGAGGUUUUCUUUAAUCCAGAGAUCUAUGACAGUGAGUUUACUGCGUCUUUACCGGCCAUCGUUGAUAAGUGUAUCCAGUCUGCACCAAUUGAUACCAGACGAGCGUUGUACAAGAAUAUAGUCUUGUCUGGUGGCUCAACUAUGUUCAAGGAUUUCCACCGUAGAUUGCAAAGGGAUCUAAAGAAGAUCGUUGAUGCACGAGUUUUUGCUUCUGAGGCACGGAUAGGUGGAGAAAUAAAGUCACAACCCGUGGAAGUGAAUGUUGUGAGCCAUCCCAUCCAGAGAUAUGCAGUAUGGUUUGGGGGAUCCGUACUUGCCUCAACUCCCGAGUUUUAUGGAGCUUGCCAUACUAAAGCAGAGUAUGAAGAAUAUGGAGCUAGUAUAUGUCGUACAAAUCCCGUUUUCAAGGGGAUGUACUGAUGUGAAGACUGAGGUAUCGAGCAAUCAAUUUCAGUUGUACUGUAUCUAAUGGCAAUUUUGGCUCAGUGAUUUCCACUUACAACACCAGGGCUCCAGUUUAUGCUUGCUCAAAGCCAUUAAGGUGUUUUUGUAUUUCCAAGCUGUAUGAAAGUGAAAAUAGCUAGAAAUUUAUUUUGUAAGAAAGCUUCAGUUUUUCCUCUUCUUUUGUUAGGAAGCUGUGGAUUGUAGCUACUUGUCACUGGAUGUGGUUUAUAAUUGCUUGCGUCCCACAAGAAUAUAUCGAGAGAGACCGUUAACGGUUUUGAACGAUUUUUGAUGGAAAAAGUUGACAAAAAUUAUGGUUGUAAAAUGCUUAAUAAUAGAAGAGUACCAUUGAUAAUAAAAAAACUUAAGGAUAUCA